AUGUUGUAGAUCUCAUAGAAGGAGAUUAAUUUCUUUCCCCUCCGUUGAAAUGAUUCAAAAAUAGCCAUGUCAUCAAACCCAAAUAAAAAAUGAGUGACAGAAGAAAAAGAUAUUUGAAGCUCACCCAAGCCACUUUGAGUUUUUAGAAAGAGAAGACCCUAAAGGUAAAACUAACACAUUUAAAAACUAUUUCCAAAAGGCCAGAUGAAAGAAGAAGGUUCUCUAUGAUUAAAAACAUGGACAUCUUCACUGGCUCCAACCACCAUCCCAUAGUAAUCUGUGAUGCUCAUGGCUUGAAGAAAUUUUGGGAAAAAAUAAUUGAAACAUAUACCAAACAAAAAGAAGAUGAAGAUUCUCGAUUGCACCAAAGUGCUUUAAAUAAGCUCCGACAUGAAUGGACUCUAAGGCUGGAAAAUCAAAUUAAGAUACUUCAGAAGAACAGUGAAAAUGGCAAAGUGCAGGAUAACCUAUCUCCAGUUGAAAAUUUUAGCCAAAACGGCUGACCAGACUUGAUUUUGAUCCUUGAUGUUUCAUUAUGAAUGUGAACAGAUAUUCAACUGAUACCUGAGUUAUAAACGAGCUAUUAAAAGACACACAUGGUUACUUUUGGAAAACUGUUUAUCAAGCAGCAGCAAAAAGAAGGAAAAAAAGAAAACACUAAUUCUUAGUUGAAUAUUGAUCAUUUAUAUAUAUCAUUAAGUUCUACCUGCAGUCUUAGCUACUUAUAUUUGAUCCCUGAUAGCACUGAAUUCUUUAAAUGGGGGAAAACUGCUCUAUUAUGUCAGUUAUCAAUGAAUACAGUGGUUAACUUUGGCUAAUAUACUGUACUUACUUGGGUAUCUGAAAUGUUGUCAAAUGCUUUGGAAUUCUUGAGACUGAAACAACAUUAGUUUAGGAAAACAAACAGUCUUCUCAUAGGAAUGCAUUAAAACAAUUUAUUUUCCCCCUAAGUUAAAUUCAAUACUAGUUCACAAAUAUAUGUCUGUGGGAAAAAAUGUGUUGAAAGAUGUAUAUGUUUUGCCCAACUGGAAAUUAAAACACUAAGAUACCCCAUUCUAUAAAUGGA